UAUUAAUUUAAUAACAGUAAUCUUUAAUCGGUCCUAACUUUACGUUUGUUUGUACAUCUAGGAACGUUAUUUUAUAACUUCAGUUCCACAACGGGACAAUAAUCGGGGACGUACGCAAUGACAGAGGCGGCCAGUUCUCUUAUAGCUACAUGGGAAUUACGUGAAAUUAGUAAGGUGUAUCUGGAACAAUAACGCGGUUAUAAGAUGUUCGUUGUUAGAGGUUGUCGGUUUGCUCACCAUGUUCUUUCGCAGCAUACGGCAAAACAUUCAACUACCGUAACAGGGCAUUUUGUCCGAAGCCUUUCCAGUACUGCGCCUGAGAUCCGGAAAAGUGAAGCAGAUAUGCCCAUUAAGAUGGAAAAUCCUUUCAAGGAACCAGAGAAGGGUUGCAUCCUCUGCAAUAUCACGGUGGAUUACAAAAAUGUGCAGCUUCUGUCUCAGUUCGUAUCACCACACACAGGUCGCAUUUAUGGCCGCCACAUAACCGGGCUAUGUGGUCGGAAACAGAAAGAAAUUUCAAAGGCCAUAAAGAAAGCUCAGCACAUGGGUUUUAUGUCGGUGACAUUGAAAGACCCCACCUUCCUGCGAGACCCCAACAUCUGCAAUAUCAAACAUCCGGAGUAGCCUCCUCAGCUAGUCAAAUGCCAUCUGUGAUACUGCAAUAACUGCAUUCAAUUGUACAAAAUGUUUUAUGAAAGGAUUUGCUUACUGUAUGACUCCAGUCAUUUAAAAUAAUUUAAUUGGCUUUGUUAAAGUUAAUAAACAUUUAUCAUGCA